CGCCUCCGUACUUAUGUUCCCCAUUCAACGAUCAACAGUACGACUUCAUUGAAGGGUCUCAGGCAGUCAAGCAGUGUCCAUCGGUUGCUGUCCCGCGUGAGAGGCUGGAUCCAACCAUAAACACUGUAUGCAUUGGCUGCACAAUGAAAUAUUCGACCGCUCGUCCUGCCUGUCGCUUUGACAUUGUUUUUGCCACCGGAAGAGAACGCUAGCGUUGCAAGCAAGCUAGCUAGCUAGCUAGCUAGCGAUUGCAUGCCAUGGUUUCUCCCCGCCGCUGACUGACUGGCUGACCUCCACAACAACGCGCAGACGUGCUGAGUGUCAUUUGUGAGUGGGGCUCUUGUCGGCCCGUCUCUUCAGUACCCCGGCUCCAGUUGUCUCCCGCGUGGUUGCCCGUUGACGGUUGACGAAUAUGAGACACAAUGAGUCAAAGAGAUACUCUCGUUCAUCUGUUUGCAGGAGGAUGUGGUGGCACAGUAGGAGCCAUAUUGACUUGCCCACUGGAAGUAGUGAAGACGCGUCUGCAGUCAUCAUCCAUCAGUCUCUAUGUUUCUGAGGUUCAGCUGAGUGCAGUCAAUGGGGCCAGUAUGGCCCGGAUGUCCCCACCAGGUCCCCUGCACUGCCUCAAAUUAAUAUUAGAGAAGGAAGGACCCCGCUCACUCUUCAGAGGCUUGGGACCAAACCUGGUGGGUGUGGCACCUUCCAGAGCCAUCUACUUCGCUGCUUACUCCACAGCCAAAGAGAAAUUGAACAAUAUACUGGAACCUGACGCCACACAGGUUCACAUGGUCUCUGCUGGAAUGGCAGGUUUUACAGCCAUUACGGCAACCAAUCCAAUAUGGCUUAUAAAGACUCGUCUACAGCUCGAUGCCAGAAAUCGAGGGGAGCGCAGGAUGAGCGCAUUUGAAUGUGUGCGCCGGGUGUAUCAGUCAGAUGGCCUACGAGGCUUCUACAGGGGCAUGUCGGCAUCUUAUGCUGGCAUCUCAGAGACUGUGAUUCACUUUGUGAUCUAUGAAAACAUCAAACGGCGACUCUUGGAUGCCAAAGCCCCCCAGAACAUGGACGAGCAAGAGGAGGUAUCCAAGGAUGCCUCAGACUUUGUGGGGAUGAUGCUUGCUGCUGCCACUUCCAAGACAUGUGCCACAACCAUUGCUUAUCCACAUGAAGUCAUCCGCACACGGCUACGUGAGGAGGGCACCAAAUAUCGCUCCUUCUUCCAGACUUUAACAACAGUUCCCAGAGAGGAGGGCUUUCGCGCCCUAUACCGCGGCCUCACCACCCACUUGGUACGACAGAUUCCCAACACCGCCAUCAUGAUGUGCACCUAUGAGAUGGUGGUCUACAUCCUGAAUGGUUAAAGUCAUCACUCCUUUACUACGACUCGUCCUUGUAAUCCAGCCCUUGUUCAGUGUUGGAGAAACAAAAACGAUGGAAAAACUGCUUACAAGCUACAACAAAUGCUCACCAGAUGACAGAGGCAGCUUCUCAACAUUAUCUGAGUGAUGAUUUAUAGUGGCAGGUUUUCUUUUAGCACCAAAUGCACAAGAAAGAUACCCACACCGAUUUGGGGUGUUUCAGUACAAACAAGCCCUUCCUCAUCCAUUACUACUUCUCCCACUUCCACAGUACUAAUUCAUAAAAUUGUAGUUGCAUUUACUUAAAAAGUAGUAAUGCCUACUGACUUAUCUUUUGAAGUCUGGAGCUUUGAUCUGUCCUUUGUGUUGUCAAAUUUGAAGUGAAGCAAAACAAUGAGCAAUUUGAUGCUUGUAGCAUUUUGAGUAAAAUGGUAGACUGGGGGGGAAUGUGCCUUGUGUAAAAACAAGAUGUAAAUUGGAAUGCACAUGAUUGUAGAGGGAUGUGAAGCUGUGGUUAACAGAACUCAUCACAGUUUGAAGUAUUAUAGUUGCACACAGGUGUUGUGGAGAUUGAGGCACUUAAGGAAACUUUUCGUCGUGAAUAUACAGUCAAGAUGACUUGGGUUUUGCAACCACCUAACCCUUCUGCUUUUACUUUUCAUUCAUUUAGAACUUUCUCAUCUACACAAAACCACAAGGAGACAAGCUGCUUGAAUUUGAAUACAGUAAUAAUAAUAUCCAUCAGUAUACUGUGUUCAAAUCUCCCCCCCAAAAAAAACACAUUACUUGCCUGCUUUAUAACUACUGGAAUUUAAAACACUGACCUAGUUUGUUAAUAAAUAUUCGUAAAUUAACUAAGUUUUAACAAAUUGUAAUAUUUGAAAUAUUAAAUAUAUUUGCUUAAAUAAUAUAAUUCCAUUUGUCUGACUGGUAAGGCAAAUGCAAACCAUCGGUGUAUCUUGAGUAGAGAGAGCAUUUGCUCUCCAGUUGUGAAAAUGUUUUCCCCACCUGUUUUCAUGGUGUCUCUCAAGGUUUUUCUUCAAUUUUCAUUCCGUUUAUCUUAUUAAGAAAAAUCCAGGCUCUUUGUUCAAGGGCAGUACUCUCAGUCUUCCCCUGGAAUUUUGAGGUUCAGUUUGUAUUGGUAAAUAAGAACGAAUGAUUGUCUUAAACGCACAAUAAUAAAUAUGUUCUAAUCGCUGAGCAGUCGUUUUAUACCUUUCAUUUCAGUUCAUUGCUGGUUAUAUGUAAUUUCAAACAAUAUUUGUCACCUGUUAACAAAGAUUAAGACAUACUAAACUAUUAACAUAUUCAAUGUUGUCACCACCUAUAGCUCACAGACCAAAUCGACAUUUCUAACAACCAGUAAAUCUAAUUGUCCAUUUUUGCUGUUGGCCGGCGACCAGUUCGGGGUGUACCCUGCCUCUUGCCUGAAGUCAGCUGAGAUAGGCGCCAGCACACCCGCGAACCUAGUGAGGACAAGCGGUUCAGAAAAUGGAUGGAUGUUUAAUUGGCUACAUUUCAAAUGCCUGGCUUCGAUGAAAGGGGAGUUCUGGCAUGACCUAUAAAGUGAAUAUGCUUCAGAUAGUAGAAAGUGCCCAGGUGUGUGACCGCAAACUCUAUCAGAUGCUGUGAAGAGUGCAUUAAAUUAGCCUCAUUGUAAGCAUUCUUACAGACACUAACAUCAACACACACGCAAUUUGGGUGACCAUGCUAGUUGGUGCUGGCUCUGCUUGAACUGGGUUUAAAGUUGGUCAGUCAUACAGCCUAAUGUCUAAUGUAGUUUGGCUGAAUUCAUUUGACCAGACCUUAAAAAGCUGAUUGGCUCAUCCAAUAAAAGAAAGAUGCUAAAGUCUGUCUGAAAAUGACAAGUUAAAAUUAUUUGAAUUGCUCUGUGCCAUGAGGAGUAAAAUGUUCUUUUACUUCUUCUGAUUCUUCUUUUCAGUAAUUUCAAAUGAACUGCAAAUAUAUCAAUACACAAUGCAUCUUUUCCAACUAUAUUGUACAGCAUGUCUGCCUGCUGUUCAUGCAGUCUCCCCAUCAUCCAAUGGUUAUUGUUUUUCACCCAUGUUUGCAUCGUGUCCUGGUGAAUGUAUGUGUUGUGCGUGUUUGCCCAAAUGACAAGCUGAUGUCAUUCUGUCAUGUGUUGAGCGUAUGAGACUAGGAAUUACAGUAUGUAUGCACUCAGUUAAGGAACUGCAGGUUUUUAUCCUUUUCAAUAAAUGGUUGCCUUUU